CGGGAUCAUCGACGUCACUGUCUCGUUCCCGCACGAUCCGAUCUGGCCUGUCGUGCCCUGGAGGAUGCUGAUUCGAAUCUGGAGUUGAUACUGCUGCUGGAGACCAGGACACAUUCGCGAUGGACACGCUUCAAUACGGGGCGCGAGACCUCCCAUGGUCCUCGAUUCCGACUGACCUCCUCCGCGCCGAGCUCUCGAAACGCGUCGAUGCUACGGACAAAUCCCGCCCGCGAUGCGGUUCCGGCGAGAAGGGUGAAUACAACACAGGGCUACAUGUCUUUGCACUUGUCUUGAUCCUCCUGUUGAGCACCCUGUCCUGCGCAUUUCCUCUCUUCUCGCGCCGAGCCAUGAAAGGCAGCAAACUGCAACGAAAGAUCAUAUUCUUCAGCCAGUACUUCGGCACCGGCGUGCUGAUGGCGACCGCUUUCGUCCACCUGCUUCCGACAGCCUUCUUGUCUUUGACGGACCCUUGCCUACCAUACGUCUUCAGCGAAGGAUACAAACCGCUUGCCGGCUUGGUUUCCAUGACGGCUGCCUUGGUCGUCGUUGCCCUCGAAUCAUACCUCACAACACGCGGAGCGAACCAUUCGCAUUCGCAUACCAUCUUCGAAGACGAGGAGGAAAACGGCCAUAUGCACAAUCAUACCCACCAUGACUUCAAGGAUACCCCGGAACGUAUCCCGCUUCAGGAUCGUGAGGUUGCUCAAGGCCUCACGGGCCGACAGUCUCCCAUUGCCAGCACCAGCGCCCACCAUUCUCCUUCCGACCAACCCCGAGCUUUUCGAGACAACGACAGCGCUAAUUCCCUUGAUCUCGACUUGACCUUUGACGAGCUCCAGCCUAUCCCAAACACCGAUCAUGACCAGCUUCUUGAGCCCAGAAACACCAGCCCCUAUAGGACGGGACUUAAGCCUGCGGUAGCUCCCGAUUCGCCAAACCCCGAAGAACAAAAGCGCAUGUUGUUGCAGUGUUUGCUACUCGAAGCCGGUAUCUUGUUCCACAGCGUCUUCAUAGGAAUGGCUUUGUCGGUCGCAACUGGGCCUCCGUUUAUCGUGUUCCUGGUCGCCAUCGGCUUCCAUCAAACGUUCGAAGGCCUUGCCCUGGGUACACGCAUCGCCGCCAUCCACUUCCCUCGUUCUUCCCCACGGCCAUGGCUCAUGGUAUUGGCGUUUGGCACCACCACCCCCAUUGGACAAGCUAUAGGUUUGCUUAUCCACACUUUUUACGACCCUCUGAGCCAAACUGGCCUCCUCAUGGUCGGCUUCAUGAAUGCCAUCUCCAGCGGUCUUUUGUUGUUUGCUGGCUUGGUGCAGUUGCUCGCCGAGGAUUUCCUUUCAGAGAAGAGUUACGUAACGCUUCAUGGCCGGAAAAGACUACAUGCCUAUCUUGCUGUAGUAGCAGGGGCUGGGCUCAUGUCUGCUGUCGGCGCCUUUGCUUGAAGCACAAAUCUUCCGUUGAUUUCUUGUUGAUAUAUGGGUAUAUUUCACAUCUACUUGUGGUUGCAUCAUAAGCGACGUUUUCUUUCUGUAUAGAGCAGUUCUGCCAUCA